CAAGAAAAAGAACAGGCAAAUAGAAGUCUGGAUUGACUUCAACAUCGAGGUCACUAGCGCGACCUUCUCGUGGAGAUCGGAACAGUUCAACAACGAUGUCUGGGCAGACGGAGAGCCCAACGACGAGUGCAAAAGCGUGCAAUCUGAGGCCGAGUGCUGUGCAAGAAUGAGAUGGAGCCCCGGCGUUUUCACCAGGCUCUAUGACUCCCCAAUCUCGUGCAAGACCGCGAUCAAACACUACCUGUGCAAGACAGUCCCUGUGAACGAGUGCAUACUAGCACUAGACAACUGUCAGCACGACUGCAUCGACCUCGACAGCGGCUUUCAGUGUGGGUGCAAUGCAGGCUACAGCCUGAACGUCGACGGCUUCUCCUGCGAUGACGUUGACGAAUGCGCCCAAAACACUGACAACUGUGACCAUAUAUGUUCCAACACCGAUGGUACGUAUUUGUGCACUUGUAACCGUGGAUAUCAAAUUGGAAAAGACGGACUGUCUUGCGACGACGUUGACGAAUGUGCAACAAACACCCACCACUGUCACCAAACAUGUGCCAACACGGACGGAUCAUUCUCAUGUGGUUGUAACACUGGAUACGAGCUUUCUCCGGAUGGAUUCUCGUGCCAGGAUUCUGAUGAAUGUGCUGACGGCACCGACAAUUGCCUGGAGGUAUGUGUUAACACACACGGGUCAUUUUCCUGUGGUUGUAAUGCCGGAUAUAGACUUUCCAGAGAUGGAUUUUCAUGUCAAGAUAUUGACGAAUGUGCCGAUGACACGGACAACUGUCGUCAUACGUGUGUUAACACACAAGGGUCCUUUUCCUGUGGAUGUAAUGCUGGAUAUAGUCUUUCAUUGGACAGAUUUUCAUGCCAAGAUGUUGACGAAUGUGCUGAUGGUACUGAUAACUGUGAUCAUACGUGUGUAAAUACACAAGGAUCAUUUUCCUGUGGUUGUAAUGCUGGAUAUCGUCUUUCCAGAGAUGGAUUUUCAUGUGAUGAAAUUGACGAAUGUACUGAAGGUACCGACAAUUGCCUGCAUGUGUGUGUUAACACACCCGGAUCAUUUUCCUGUGGCUGUAAUGUUGGAUACAGUCUUUCCACAGAUGGAUUUUCAUGCCAAGAUGUUGACGAAUGCGCUGAUGUAACAGACACGUGUGAAGAUACAUGCACCAACACUGUCGGUUCUUUUGAAUGCAGUUGUCCGGCUGGCUACUCACUCAACGCGCGCGAUGAUUCGUGCAGUGACAACGACGAGUGUACCGACGGCACGGACGACUGCGAGGAACUCUGCUUCAACACGCCCGGCAGCUUUACGUGUGGGUGUCCCAGUGGUGAACAUUUGGGCGCGGACGGAACAACCUGCGACGUGUCGCCAGUGGAUGAGUGUGCUCAAAACCAGCACAACUGUCAAAUGCACUGCACCGACUUGGCGCAAGGCUUCUCCUGUAGUUGUGACCCGGGGUACCUUUUGGCGGCCGACAACGCCGCGUGCAUCGACGAAGACGAGUGUGCCGACCCCGAAACAUCGCCCUGCCAGCAGAACUGCGACAACACGGCGGGGAGCUACACGUGUAGUUGUGACCCGGGGUACACGCUCAACGCGGACGGGCAAACGUGCAGGGACAAUGACGAAUGUGCGGACGCGGACGAUCACAACUGCCAGCACACGUGCGUGAAUCAGCCCGGGUCUUUCACGUGCACGUGUAGAGACGGUUACGACCUGGGCACAGACUUGGCGUCCUGCGAAGACGUGGACGAGUGCGCCACAAACACCCACACGUGUCAAGAGAAUUGUGUCAACACGGCGGGCUCUUACACCUGUGCAUGUCCACCUGGCUACGCUCUACUCACCAACGGGAAAUCGUGCGCAGACACCAACGAGUGCGAGGUAACGCCCUCCCCCUGUAGCGACAUCUGUCAGAACUCGCCAGGCUCCUACACCUGCGCCUGCCACCUGGGCCGAACUCUCAGCUCCAACGGACACACGUGCGUCGACAACGGAUCGGGCACAUCAUCGUCGGGGCUCCAACUAUGUCCCUGCUCGUGCUCACUACAACAAAUCCAGGCCAAACUGAACAUGACCGUGUCAGAGCUGGAGUCGGAGACCGCGCAACUCCAGAAGGAGCUGACGGUGAACAAGCAGAACCUCUCCUCCACCCAGCGGCGUCUGAACAGCGCCCCGGACGACCGGUCUUCCUCGCAGGUGGCGGGCAGUCUGGCCAUAGCGCUGCUCGCCCUAACUCUUGCCUUGAUGCUCGUGCCUGACACUUUACAAGUCAUAUCCUUCCUUAUACACCUUCGAUGGAAACCCAAGUGGCCGAGAUGAGACCUUUCGUUCACGGGGACUGGUUUGUUUGUAUGCGCAUGUGUCUUUCUCUCUUUUCCCCCAUUCUUUCUUUCUUGCAAAAUUUGGAUGUGCUUAGACUGUCAUUACAAAGAAGUUAAGCUCUCAUCGACACAUUUAAGGUCAUAAUCGAAGCGCGGAGGUUCGACUCUGCCUGCCAGUGCCAACUCAAGAAAAAUGGGAAAACAACACUCAGGGAAAAGGCGGAAACACUCGAUUAAAAAAGCCUCUCCACUUGAGAAUCGAACCACCGUCUUCUGCGUACAAAGCAAGGGGCUUCACAGUUAAAAUAUUGACACAAGAGGUUAGGCAUGAUACUUCACAGUUGAAACUAUUUUUCUGCAAAUAAUGUCUUUCUUAUUCUUAUAACACCUUUCUCUCCUUUGCUCUAGCCUCUUCUUCGUGUUGCAUUUUGAUACGCUACUGUCGUCGAACAUGUU